GCUGUCUUGGACUGCUUCUCCGGGUUCCUCUGACACAGGCAAACGCCACCUCUGGAUGCGGCGGCAGCAGCGUGGGCACUCACCGUGCAGUAUCCUGCACGCUUUUAGAUCCGUGCUGAGAACAAGCAUAUGGACGAUGCAACCCAGAGUACUCUGUUAGUAAUAAUAUCCUACUCAUCAAUAACGUAAAUACAUACAAAUGACUUUCUAGCUCAAAACCAUGGACGAGUCAUCCCACUAGCCGGACGUGAGAUGAGACAUAGGAAAACAUGAAACGUCAUUGAACGUCUUCAGUGCUUAGGACAGAAUCCUUUCCAGCAGCAGGUACAGGUGUCGUGGUGGAAAUCAUGGAGAACUUCUCCCAGAGAGUUGAUAGAAGUCAAGCACCCAGGCUUCCAAGGUGAUUUCUGUGUUACAUUCACAUAGUCAUGGCCUGUGAAGAAAACAAAGUCAGGCCUCGUCUCCGUUGGAAAUGGUGCGUUGGGGCUGACAUGGAGCCGGGCACUGUGUUCUCUGUGGGGCUUCCCUGCAGAGGGUGGCGCUCUCAAUUGCAAAGGCAAGUCGGCUGUGGGCCAGAAGCAGUCUGGUCACACCCACGUCCCCUGCCCUGGCUGCUCCUCUGGCCAGAGCAUUAGUCCCUCACUGGCUUUGUCGCAGAAACCACUUACUUCCUCUCCUCUCCCUCGCCGCCACACCCGCUCCGAGGCCUCUCCCUCAAUAUCACUGAGAAGGGUCUUUAAAAUACAGGUCUGAUCAUGCUUUUGUUUCUUUACAGCUCAUCCAUGAGUCCUCCAUUUCCUUCAGGUUGAGCUCUUAGCUCCCAGAUAUAGCACGCCAGACAUAACAUGAUUAGCCGCUUUUGAAAAAUAUAUAUUGUUAUUCCAAGAACUUCAUAGAGUGUAUUUUGAUCAUACCCCACGCCUCCUCCUCUUGUUUUAAGUGUUGGAACUAAAUCCAGGACCUGAGGUGUGCCAGGCAAGAGCUCCACCACGGACCUAUAUCCCACCCCUUUGUUUUUUUAGUUUUUUUAUUUUCAGGCGAGGUCUCACUAGUGCUCCAGGCAGGCCUUGAACUUGCCGCAACCCAAGCUGACUUUGAACUUGCUGUCCUCCUGAGGGAACCUCCUAAAUAGCUGAGGUUACAGCCUGUACUGGCAGGCUCAGCAUGCUGAGAGCCCUUUUCAACUGCUCACCUUGGCCUCUCAUUCCCCCUCCAAAGGAACUCUGGACACCAUUCCCUUCUUCCUGUCCGAGUUUUACGCCUUUGGUUACCUCAGACCUUGUGUCUUAGACGCCGUUUAUUUCUCCUUCUCGGGUGUAAUCACUGAGCCCUUGGAGUAUAUGCUACAUGAGGAAGAACAAUGAAUAAGAUCCUUAGGGCCGCUAUGGGGCCGAGAAGAAAGGAUGGCUGUAGAGACGUCAGUAAAUACAGGACCGUGUAGUGUGUGAUGCAGAUGCUGGUGUUAGGAGUUGGGUUGAAGGAGCCCGCCUUCUCCUCGGCUGGCUGUGACUGGGUGUUCCGGAGCCUCUCCUCCAUAGACACCGUAGCUUCGCGUUCUGUGGACGUUGAGGUCUGGGCCUUCCUGUGGGCUUCCCACCUCUGUGCCCAUGCCCCUCCUCGGCGGCGGCAAGUGCUCCUGCCGGGGUGCGGGAUGGUUGGUGCCAAACGCAGACGGUGUGCACUCUGCUCACUCACCCGCCUCCCCUGGUGCCCCUUUCCUUCUCCACCAAAUGUUGACAGGAGUACGAAAAUCUAGUCUUCUACAUACCAAAUCACUGAGAGGCCAUAAAGACUGCUUUGAAAAAUAUCAUUUAAUUGCAAACCAGGAUUGUUCUCGAUCCAAGCUUUCCAAAAGUACUUAUGAAGGAGUUAAAACCAUUCUGAGUAAGAAGAUAAACUGGAUUGUACAGUAUGCACAAAAUAAGGAUAUGGACUUGGAUCCCGAGUGUUCCAAAAAUACCCAACAUCACCUGUUUAAUUUCAGGCAUAAGCCGGAUAAGAAAUUGCUCCCACAGUUUGACUCUCAGGUGCCAAAGUACUCUGCCAAAGGGGUCGCUGGGAACACGGGUGCCAUCUCGAGCUAUACACAAAGGAUUUUGGAGCAGGGGGAAAAUACAGACUUUGGGCUUGCUAUAUUGCAAGGCUCAGAUGCACUGUGGCCUCACACACACAACCAGGCGCAGAAGAAAGAGGAGAUGAGCUCUGGUCCAGAGGCAACUGUCCCGCCCCAGAAUCCGCAUUACAGCAGAGAACAGCUGAACUCAAUGACUCUUGAGGAAGUAGAAGAACUGAACUCAAGGCUCCAACAGCAAAUCCAGGGAGUUUUUGAAGAGUUAACCCACCAAGUGCAAGAAAAGGACUCUCUGGCGUCAGAGCUCCAUGUCCGUCAUGUUGCCAUCGAGCAGCUUCUCAAGAACUACUCCAAGUUACCAUGCCUGCAAGUUGGCCGGGCAGGAGCGAGAUCACACCUGCCCAUAAACAACUGAACUGAACGUAGUUCCUGUGCUUCACCCUGCUGGGCUGCCAAGCAUGUGCACCUAGAAAAUGUUUGAAGAAAGUUACGGUCCAUUUUUAUGGUUGUUGUACUUGCAAAACAUAAGAUAAUAUUUAUUAUCUUUACCUAAUAAAGCGGAUCACUCUA